CGCGUACAGACGCGGCAGUGGCGGUGGCGGCGGCGCCUCUCGCGCUCUCUCUCGCUCUCCUGCUGCCUGCGAUGCUCUAGUCAUGAAACGUGUACGCACAGAACAGAUUCAGAUGGCAGUUUCCUGCUACCUCAGACGCAGGCAGUAUGUAGACUCGGAAGGUCCUCUAAAACAAGGGCUGCGCUUGUGCCAGACUGCAGAAGAAAUGGCAGCUAACCUAACAGUUCAAUCUGAAUCGGGUUGUGCAAACGUUAUCUCCGCUGCCCCCUGCCUAGCAGAGCCACAACAAUAUGAAGUACAGUUUGGGCGAUUGCGUAACUUUCUUACAGAUUCAGAGUCCCAGCACAGCCAUGAAGUGAUGCCUCUUCUAUAUCCCCUCUUUGUCUACCUCCAUCUUAACAUGGUCCAAAACGGCCUAAAGAGCACAGUGGACAGUUUCUAUAGUCGCUUCCAUGGGAUGUUCUUGCAGAAUGCCAGCCAGAAAGAUAUAAUAGAGCAGUUGCAGACCACACUCACGAUUCAAGACAUCCUGUCCAACCUCAAGCUCCGGGCGUUUCUGGACAACAAGUAUGUCGUCCGCCUUCAAGAAGAGAGCUACAACUUCCUCCUUCGCUACCUCCAAAGUGACAACAACAACGCUCUCUGCAAAGUCCUCUCCUUGCACAUUCACUUAGAUGUGCAGCCGGCCAAGAGGAUGGACUACCAGCUGUAUGCUAGUGGUGGCUCUUCCCGUAGUGAGAGCAAUGGCCUGGAACCCGCUGACAUGCCUGCUUCCAUCCUGCAGAAUGAGGCAGCCUUGGACAUCUUGCAGGAUAGCAUUAAAAGAGUCAAAGAUGGGCCGCCGUCACUCACCACCAUAUGUUUCUAUGCGUUUUAUAACACUGAGCAGUUGUUAAACACAGCAGAGAUCUCACCAGAUAGCAAGCUGCUUGCUGCUGGCUUUGAUAAUUCCUGUGUAAAGCUGUGGAGCUUGCGGUCCAAGAAACUGAAAUCUGAGCCUCAUUUGGUAGAUGUGUCCCGAAUCCGCCUGGCUUGUGAUAUCUUGGAUGAGGAGGAUGAAGAUGAUGAUAAGGUGGGUACAGAAAUGAAGAUGCUAAGAGGACACUGCGGACCAGUUUAUAGCACAAGGUUUCUGUCGGACAGUUCAGGACUUUUGUCAUGUUCUGAAGACACUUCCAUCAGAUACUGGGACCUUGGAUGCUUUACAAACACUGUGUUGUACCAAGGGCAUGCCUACCCUGUGUGGGAUCUGGACAUCAGUCCUUGUAGCUUGUACUUUGCUAGCGGUUCCCAUGACCGCACAGCAAGACUCUGGUCGUUUGAUCGGACGUAUCCUCUGAGGAUAUAUGCAGGCCAUUUGGCGGAUGUGGACUGCAUUAAAUUUCACCCCAACUCUAACUAUUUGGCGACAGGAUCCACAGACAAAACAGUGCGGCUGUGGAGCACCCAGCAAGGAAGCACAGUACGUCUGUUUACAGGUCACCGGGGCCCUGUACUGUCACUUGCAUUUUCUCCCAAUGGUAAGUAUUUGGCUUCAGCAGGUGAAGACCAGCGGUUAAAGUUGUGGGACUUGGCAUCUGGCACGCUUUACAAAGAACUGAGAGGGCACACGGAUAAUAUCACCAGCCUUACUUUUAGUCCGGACAGUAGCUUGAUUGCUUCUGCAUCAAUGGACAACUCUGUUCGGGUUUGGGACAUUCGAAACACUUACUGCAAUGCUCCCGUAGAUGGCUCUUCCAGUGAACUAGUUGGUGUAUAUACUGGACAGAUAAAUAAUGUACUAAGCGUACAGUUCAUGGCCUGUAACCUUCUUUUAGUGACUGGAAUUGCACAAGAGAAUCAGGAACAUUAACUUUUUUUUUAAUGGGGUGGGGGGUUGUUAUUGAAAGCCAGAGUCUAUUAUAAACUGAGAUUAUAUAUAAUUGACUGUGAAUUUUUUUCUCUCUCCCAUUGGUGGGCAUGUCCAGAAUGAUGGAAAUACUGUACUUGAAGAUGUCUUGCAUUAUUGCAAAAUGGUAGGGCAGGGAGAGCAACAGAAGAACUUUAUUAUAGUUGUAUCUUAGUAGUGCAAGGGCAGAAAUGGGGUAAAGCCAACAACCCAGAAUAUUUUGCUAUAAGGAUAACCCAAACCCAGUCGAAACAAUUGAAAUCAUCAACUGGGCAUUUGCACUUAAAUAUCUUGCAUUGAUAGGUACAUCCUACUUACCUUGGCCUAAAGGUUUGUGAGUGUGUCUAUCAACUGUUUUGCUCAAUUGAUGGUUUUCCCAUUGAAGUUUCUGUGGGACCAGAAUCCUUGCCUUCUUGGAAAGAAAAAAUGAAUUUUGUUUUAAGGACGCUCCUAAACAUAAGCAACAUUACAAUAAUGUUUAAAAUGACAUUGAGGCCGGCUUCCAGCUUGCUAAUAUAAGAGGCAUGGGGUUGGAUUGAACCACGUUCUGUGAAUGGAAGAGUUCCUUCCGUUCUACAGAAGGCUUUUGAUCCAGCAAAGAGAUUCUCGUGGCAGAAGCAGGGAGGCAACUUUUGCCCAAUCCCAUCUCCUGUAGGUCACCAGCUCCUAUGCUAUUCCAGAGGACAGAUCUAUGGAGGGUGCCAGGGGGUGCGGUGGGAAUCAGCAAAAGCCACUCCUCCCCCUUCCAUUGGCAGGAGCGAAGUCUGGAUCCAAGCCAUGGAAUUUUUAUUUUUGAAUGUAUGUGACAAAUGCUGUCUACAAAAAAAGAUACAAUUUGGAUUUGAUUCCUUACAUUGGCUGUAAUAUUUGUAGCUGGGUUUUUUCCAAAUCUGGUUGCACUGUGAUGGUGAUGCAGAAUACUAGAUAUCUGAUUGAUGAGGUAAUAGUAGCUUUCCUGCUGAAAAAAAAUUCACAAAGAUGGAACAAUUUGUAGUAGCAUGUUUCAGCUCCUAAUAGAAAGGGACACAUUCGCCAAAAACAUUUUCUGUGGAUAAAUAUGGACAAAGAGUGGGGAAAUAGUAUUACUAAAUUAUUAAUUGUGAGAAGAUGCAGCUUUGCCAAUUUUUGAUGUUUUCCACUGAAUAUUGAAAUAUUAAGUUGUUUCAUGAAGUUUUCAUACAAGAGUGUGAGCAUGCAAAAUGUGCAGGGUGGGGUGGGGAAAACAACUUUAAUGUCUUCAUUCUAAGAGAAGAUUGAAUAUUUCUGCUUUCAGGAAAGAGAUUUUGUAUUUUUGUUUUUUUCUAUUAAAGCAUUUAGUUUAAA